AUGUCCCGCUUUGACGCCACCCCAUUGCGCAAGAGCAGUACUUACCACGUCCUGGCACAAGAUGAUAUCGACACAAGCUACAACCCUCGUGCGGAGAAGUCGCCAGAGUCAUCACCGCCCAUGUCCUACUCGAGGCCGAUACUGUCAUCCGCCGCCUCCUACCAAUCCUCUGUCACUCUGAAUGAGAAACGACAAUCCACUCGGUCGCUGAGUGAGAUGCACCGACGGCGGCGGAAGCCACUCGUCGGUGAUCGCUUCCUACAAUCUGUACGGCGCCUGCCUCUCAUCGUCAAGGCUGGUAUUGUCGUUGUGCUUACAGGCACACCUUUCGGCAUCUUCACUGGACUAGCUUUCACAAAAUACUAUAAUGAGUGUAUCGGCGACGACGAACUGGACAUUCACUUCAACGAUCUCGCCAUCUAUCUCGACAUCGGCGGAGGCGUCGCCCGCUUCUUCGGCUGGCUUUGCCGCUUGUCCAGCGGGACAUCCAAGUAUGCACAGCUCGCCCAGACUAUGUGGUUCCGCACAACGAUGAUGCUGUGGAUCGGUGCCAUGCGCCUCGCAACGUGCAGACUCUGGCCCGUCAGCAUGGAGAAAGGAUAUCACGCCAAUUGGGCCUUUAACCUUCGAGUCCUGCUGGAGCUUCUCGCCGUCGCCGCCCUCAUCCUACUUAUACAGGGCUUCCUCGUACAGAUCAUCGCUGUCCAGUACGUACAAGGCUACAUUGGACCCCGAAGCGAUAAUGCCAUGAAUGAACUCGACAUCUUGAGACGGCUCAAUCACCUUAUCCGCAAGAGAUCAAUGCAUGGUUCUAGAUAUAUCGUCAAAGUCCUCCGCAAGGUCUUCAUGGAAAGGACCGUGGAUCUGUUCGAUGCCAUCCGCACAGGACACAGCAGCGACGCCGAAGUACGAGGCUUUGCGGCAAUCCUUUGGACGACAGUCGCUGGCAAUAAGUCCACUAUCACCAUGGUUGACAUCUACGAGCGACUGGUUUCACUGAAGCGCGACCCGGAAGGCGCUGGGGAGCUGUUCGAUCUGCUUGACCGCACAGGAGAGGGGAGAGUCAGUCGGGUGGAGUUCGAAGAUCUCGUGGCCCAGACUGCGAUGCAGCUGAGGAAGCGAGCCGCCGCCAUGCAUGGCAUCAGUCGCCUUCUGCGGAAGCUUGAGAUCAUGUUUACGAUCCUCGUUUGCGCCGCGAUCCUUUUCGUAUACACUGUGUUCUUCAAAGACACCGCUAUCAGUAAGCUAGGUACCUUAUGGGGCGGAGUGGUUGGCAUUGCCUUUGCUUUUGCCGCGCCUGUUGCUGAGCUCGUCAUGUGCUGCGUAUGGGUCUUUGCGCGACACUCGUACGAUGUUGGCGACAGAGUCAUAGUGAUGGACAGAUGUAUGGAGGUCCGUUCGAUCUACCUGACGCAUACAAAUUUCGAGGAGGUCGACAAGAUGGGCAAGAAAUGCUUGGUGCAGAUCAGUCACACAAAAAUGAGCGGAGAGCCGCUGGUGAAUUUGACUCGAAGUGAGGAUCCAAUGGAGGAGUUCACUGCUGGACGUAGAUCAUCGGAAGAAUAUGUAUGA